CAGCUUGAUUCAUGGGGAAACACCCAUCCUGGAUUAUUCUACUAAGAAGAUUUCUAAGCAUAUUGUAUAUUCUUGCUGUGGCACCAGCAGGUGAAUACACCAUGACUGAGGAGGAGGGUAAGGAAGGAUGGUAGGCUGAAAAGGCUCCUUCCUUCCUUGCCGAGGGGACAUGCGCCCUCAGUGCUGUGUGGACUCUGACAUUGCAGACUGGCUUUCCGUCAUUCAUUUGGAGAGAUAUCAGGAUACCUUUGAGCAGAACGGAUUUGGCUCGGUGAGAGAUGUGAUCUCUCUUGGCAAGGAGGACCUACUGAAACUUGGCAUCACUGCUACUGGACACCGCAAAAGGAUUCUGAAUUUAGUGCAACAAACUCAGAUGCUUGUUGGGGACAAAAGUGGGCAGAUGGCAGGAGAUGCCCAUUACAGGUCUGGCAAACACGCAGAUUCUCUGGAUGGGCCUAAAACAGAGGAGUGGAAUGAUGUUGGAGCAAAAAAAGAAGACUUCACAGAAACUGUUUCUGACCUUGGGGUUGACCGUGACUCAGCAGAUCAUAGCCAACAUCCACCGUCGAGUAAGGAACCAAUUCUUCUUGUGGCCAGGCCAGUACCUAAACCCAGAACUGUCUUCUCUCUUGCACACCGAGCAGCCAACCCAGAGCAAGCCCCAUUGUUGCCACCACAAACAUCUGUACCUGCCUGUCAACCCACUUCUUUCUCUGAACAACCUCUAGGAACAUUUAUUGUCCUCGAGGGAUUUGAUCCAGGGGAAAGCACCACAGAUGCUGAGAGGCUUGAGCACCAGGCUGGGCCAGGAGAUAAAGUCCCAGGCAUCAUCCUGCCACCUCAGAGUAGGCCAAGGGAAAGUAACUCAGAAUCUGCUCUGCAGUCUUUUGUUCCUGUGAAUGACAUGAUCGCAGAGGUCAAGAGUGUGGAUGAAAGCUCAUUUUCUUUCGUCCCUGUUGGUUUCACCUCCAAGAACCAGCCUGCAAACACCAGUUCAGCAGUGUCCGUUCAAACUGCUACCAAAUUACAAAGAAAGCCCUUAUGGCUUCCUUCUGCUAUCAGUCAGUCAGCCUCACCAGAGACUAGGAAAGAGAUGGCAUCUGAUGCUAUUACUGUGCUCUUGCCAAUGCCAGCUCAAAGCAUGGAAAGGAAGGAGACUCUGAGGAGUGAGCCCAGCCCACAGCCUUCUGACCUACCCAUGCAAAAUGGGACUGUGACCAUGGAAAAUGCUAACUCCCUGGGACAGUUGUGUCUGGAUCUGCACCACGUUUCACAGGGACUUGCCAGCAGAUCAGGCCCUGUGGAGGAGUUCAUCAGUCCCUACUGUGAGAGCAUGUUUGGACAUGAUUGGUCUACCCAGGAGCAGGGUGCAGAAUCUCUUGAAGGGCAGGAGUAUGAAGAGGUGCCAGAAUAUGCCCCGAGCCAGAGAGAAGAAGGGACUGUGAUCAGAAGCACCAGGCUGGAAGAAAAGAGCCAAGGUGCUAAGAGGGAGGCUGUCCUCAGCAGCAGCAUUGCGCAGAAUGAAGCAGAGGGCUACUCUACAGUGGAGGCUCCAGGGGCCAAAGGCUCUCCAUUCAGGCUCUCUGGCUACCUGUAUCCUGAUGAAACUUUAGAAGACUUGACCAUCUCCCCCUAUGCCAGCUACACCUCAUUGUCAGAGCGACCACCCACUGUGCUCAAUGGCUGGCUAGACAAGCUCUCUCCACAGGGGAAUUAUGUCUUCCAGCGACGCUUCGUCAGAUUCGAUGGGAAAAAACUCAUGUAUUUUAACAACGAGAAGGAACCGUAUUCAAAAGGUGUGGUUCCUCUCCCUGUCAUUGACAUUGUACGCUCUACCAAGGACAACAAAUUCCAAGUCAUCACUAAGCACAGGAUCUUUGUCUUUCGAGCUGAAAGUGAGGCCCAGCGGAAUGAAUGGUGCAGCACCCUGCAGCAGAAAGUGUCUGAGCAACGGCUGCUUUGUCCCCGGCCGUGCCUCAGCAGCAACAGAACCCACUUCCAGAAGUUUGGCUACCUGGAGCUCAAGGGCUACAAAUCCAAGCUAUUUGUGGUGCUUAUCUUGGCUGAGAUGUGGCUGUACAAAAGUGAACAGUUCUUCAAAAUGGGCAUUGCCAUCUGCCUGAUAGAGAUGCAUGGCACCACCAUCCGAGAAGCCAAAGGCCGCAGCUUUGAGCUCAUCACCCCAUUCAAGAUCUUCAGUUUUGGAGCUGAGUCUGAGCGAGAAAAGCGGGUGUGGAUGGAAGCCUUGCAGAACUCCAUUGUUGAGACACUCUAUGACUAUGAGGUGGCUGAGAAGAUCUGGUCUAACAAAGCUAACAGGUUCUGUGCUGACUGUCACGCCCUGAGCCCUGACUGGGCUUCCAUCAACCUGUGUGUGGUGAUCUGCAAGCAGUGUGCAGGUCAACACCGGAGCCUGGGCUCCAGCAUUUCAAAGGUGCAGAGUCUGAAGCUGGACACGAGUAUUUGGAGCAAUGAAAUGGUUCAGCUGUUCAUCAUGCUGGGGAAUGAGCAAGUGAACAACUUUUGGGCAGCACACCUCCCACCUUCUGAGGCCUUGUACCCCAAUGCGAGUGCUGAGCAGAGGCGAGACUUCAUCACAUACAAGUACCGCUAUGGGCGCUACCGCGCGCCACACCCACAGUACAGCAGCCAGGAGAAGGUUUUGCAGGCUCUGUGUGCAGCUGUGUCUGGGCCUGGACUGCUGAAGACAAUGUUUCAAUUCUUUGCAACCACCCUGGAAAGUGAUAUGGGAGAUUGCAGUGUCACCUUGAAAGCCAAGCCCUGGUGCAACACUUGGCAGGGUCAGCGAGUGAGCUACUCAGACAAUCUUAGUGGGGAGUCACUGAGCUCAGAAGGUGUCUACAAUGAGAUUACACAACCAGUUGCCCACUGUGGCUACCUGUACAAGGCUCCAGCCAUGGCUAAAUUUACAGUCACCAAGAAGAGCAGAGAAGAAUUUCAGAGAGUCUGGUGCUCACUAGAGAAGUCUUUCCUCUUCUGUGAGACGGAUAGGAGCUCUGAGCCAGUGGGAAGGAUAGAAAUGGCUGAUGUGAUUUCACUGGGUGUGAACAGGACAGAGACACUGGCUAGUCCUGGCUCCUCAGACAGGAUCCGCUUCACCCUGGAGCUGUAUCUGGUCAGUGAACGCAUUCAGCAGUUGGAGGCUGAUGGGCCAGACACUCUGCAGUCCUGGGCCAGCGCCAUUGGCAAGUGGUUCACCCCUCUCAGUUGUCACUGCCUGCUGGGCUACGAAUUCCAGAGGGUGGGCAGGCUCUGCUACAAGUCCAUGUUAAAUCCCAGUCAGUGGCUGCAAGGUUUCUUCGUUCUCCAAAAAUCGCACCUCUUCAUCUGUCCAAGAGAAGAGGGAGCAGCUGAGGACAGUAUCAACCUGCGGCAGCUUCAGGAGCUCAGCAUUGUUCCUCUUGCUGAAGGCCCAGAAAAGAAGGAGAUGCUGAUCCUGGUGGAGAUGGGGCGGACAUUCUGUCUUCAAGGUGUAUGCCAGCUGGACUUUUCCGCAUGGUGCAUGGCUAUCCAGGCUUCAGCAGGAGGCCAGGGGAAUGCCUUGCAAGAUCAGCAGCUCAGUAGAAGUGGCAUCCCCUUCAUUGUGAACAGCUGCAUUGCCUUCAUCACCCAGUACGGGCUGCAACAUGAAGGUAUUUAUCGAAAGAAUGGAGCCAAGUCCCGUAUUAAGGGACUGAUGGAGGAGUUUCGGCGAGAUGCCCGAAAUGUCAAACUGCGUAUCAGUGACAAUUUCAUUGAGGAUGUGACUGAUGUGCUGAAGCGUUUUUUCCGGGAGCUAGAGGAUCCUGUCUUCACCACUUACUUGCACCCCCAGUGGAAAGAGGCUACAGAAAUCCUCCAAAAGUCCCAGCGAUUGGAGCGAUACAAGGAGUUGAUAAAUCACUUACCCCACCUCAACCGCAGGACCCUGGCUGCUCUGAUUGGCCAUCUGUAUCGCGUACAGAAAUGUGCUGAUCUCAACCAGAUGAGCACCAAGAACCUGUCUCUGCUCUUUGCACCCAGCCUCUUCCAGACUGAUGGAAAGGGGGAACAUGAGGUCAAGGUGAUGGAGGACCUGAUUGACAACUAUGUUCACAUCUUCAAUAUUGAUGAAGACCAGGUGUUGCAGAUGGACCUGGAGAACAGUUUGAUUACUACCUGGAGGGAUGUGCAGCUCUCACAGGCUGGUGAUAUAAUCCUAGAGGUUUACCUGGAGCAGAAGAAUCCUGACUGUUGUGUCACUCUUAAGGUGUCCCCUACCAUGAGAGCAGAAGAACUGACCAAUCAGGUGCUGGAAAUGCGAAACGUGGCAGCCAGUCUAGACAUUUGGCUGACCUUCGAGGUCUUGGAGAACGGUGAGCUAGAGCGUCCCCUUCAUCCCAAGGAAAAGGUUCUAGAGCAGGCCCUACAGUGGUGUAAACUGUCCAAGCCGAGCUCUGCCUAUUUGCUAGUGAAAAAGGUGCCCAUCAAGGAAGGCAGCUGCCUUUUCACAGGCGCUAAACGUGACAGUCCGAAAUGUGGCCUGCUGAGGUGCCGUGAGGAAUUGCCCAGGCUCCUGGGGAGCAAGUUUCAGGGGCGCUACUUCGUCAUCAAGGACCACAAGUUGCUUCUGCUCAAAGAGAAACGGAGUAUCAGGCCAGAGCGGGAGUGGCUGCUGGACAUGGCCAAGAUUUACAUGGGGAUUCGGAAAAAGCUGAAGCCACCUUCACAGUGGGGUUUUACUCUGUACCUAGAAAAACAACAACUGUAUUUAGCAUGCAUGGGGCAGUCUGAGCUGUGGGACUGGACCACCAGCAUUCUGAAGGCCCAGCAUGACAGCAUCCGCCCAGUCAUCCUACGUCGACGCUCUUCUUCCAACUUGGCCAAGCAGAAGUUUGGCACCAUGCCCCUGAUCCCUCUGCGUGGAGAUAGCACCAAUCCCAUCAUGCUGUCUGCUAAUCAGACUUUGCACCGCCUGCAUACGCGAAGAACGUUAUCCAUGUUCUUUCCAAUGAAAAUGCACCAGGACUCACUAGAGGAGCAGCAGGAGGCAACAGAGUCAGAGCCUGUCUAUGAGGAGGUGGGCAGCUUCACAGACAUGAGUUUUCUUGAGCUCGGUCCUUCCCUGUUGCCUCCGGUGGAUCGGACCAAGAAGCCAGUUCCUUUCUCAGAGCAGGGCAUGUCCAGCCCGCUGCCCCCCUGCCUGGCCUCCAGAACAUCUGGAACUGAUGGAGCAAAUGCAUGUUGCUUGGAGCUGGAUAAGGAGCUCCUCACAGACAAACCCCCAGAACACAGAGUGACUCAAGGUGCCUCUGCAGAAAGAAAAACCGAGCGGCCUCAAGUACUGCCUGGCCCAGGCAGGUUGCAUGAUCAGCCUUCAGAAAUGCCAGCCAGCCCUGUGGAGCCCCCAGCUGGAAUGGAGACUCGAGCUGGUGACACCAGGAAGAAAAGCUUCCAGACAGACUUAUCCAUCAGUGACAAACUCAUGCAGGAACUGAGCACUGCCAUCCUCAGGAAGAAUGAUUGCCAGACACCCAACACAUCAGGAAAGCAAAACCUCCUGUCCAAGGAUGGGGCCCAGACUCAACUGGAAGGGUCACAUGAUCUGAGGACUGAGAGCUCUUAAACUAGACCUGGGAUCAGUGCAAGUGCUGGGCUCUAAUAAUGAGUUAUGGUAUUCUGUUGGGCUGCAUCACAUUUUUGCCCACUGCAAACCUAAUGUCCUGCUUGGAAUUGUGGCAUGAAGAAGUUCCUCCUACCACUCCUCUCACAGUCACUCCUAAGGGUGGGGGGUGUCUAUAGGCUCUAUUAACUGUUGUGGCUGUGGAGUGGCACUGCAUUGUUUUAUAUGAUGCAGCCACUAAGUGGCAGCCAAACUGGGGUUUUAACUUUGAAAUUGCUAUUUCGCGGCGCCCUUUUACCGCAACUUUUCAAAGUGCGCCAUAGCCACCACGUUAUUUCUUCCAUCUGUUGGUGGUGGCUUUGGUUCAGGAGGGCAUUCCUAGGGGCAGGCUUGACAAGGGGAACGGUUUCUCAUGAGUAGCGGGGGCUGACGUGGUUAUUUGUAACGCUCCCUUUUCUUGGCUCAUCUUGCAGCUCUUUCUUUGCUUCCCUCACACACACACACACACACACACACACACGGUGGAGAAAAGGAACAGGAGCCCAGCAUUUACCCUCUGCCGUGAUUCUCUCUUCCUCUUUCUCUCCCUCUCUCCCCAUUCCGGCAAAACAAAACAAAACAAAACAUACACACACACAUCCAUCAUCAAUGGUAAAUGAGGUUUAAAAGCUGAUGGUGGUGAGGGAGAAAUUUAACUAGCUGAGAUUUCGGCUAGUAAUCGGCAGAGAGCUGUGGCCAGGGAGCCCGCGCUCCCUCCUGCUGUCUGAAUUUAUCAUUCUCGCCGAUGC